GGAGCGUUUAUCAUCAGACACUAGGCAACGAGCAGAGAAGGGGGGUGGUGGUGCCUUCGCGCUGUGUCGUCCUACACAGGCAGCGGCAGAUCGAGACGCCGUCUCCGUUGCAAGGUAGACGGAGGGGAAGGCAGUAAGUUGCUGCUGCCGCCGCCGCCGCCGAGCGACACUCGGCCAGCCCUUGCGAGAUGAGGAAUCUGCUAAUGACUUGAAAUAAAAGGAAGCAUGGCUCAGUUUCCAACAGCUUUUGCGGGGGGCCUGGAUAUCUGUGCCAUUACAGUGGAAGAAAGAGCUAAGCAUGACCAGCAGUUUCUUAGCAUUAAACCAACUGGUGGAAUGAUUACUGGUGAUCAGGCGCGAAAUUUCUUUCUUCAGUCUGGAUUGCCUCCACCUGUUCUUGCACAGAUAUGGGCUUUGGCUGACAUGAAUAAUGACGGAAAGAUGGAUCAAAUGGAGUUCUCUAUAGCCAUGAAAUUGAUCAAGCUAAAACUACAGGGUCAUCAGCUUCCCUCGUCACUGCCUCCCAUCAUGAAACAAGUACCAAUGGCUGUUCCAACACCAGCAUUUGGUAUAGCCAGUGUUCCAGCUUUGUCCUCCAUGGGUUCAGUAGCACCUUUGUCAAUGGCGCCCAUGCCAGUUGUGGGGAUGUCACCACCACUGGUUUCUUCUGUUCCUGCAGUUGGAGUCCCUGCGCUAGCCAAUGGGACACCUUCGAUGGUGCAGCCUAUAGCUGCCUUUGCUCAUCCGGGAGCCACAUUGCCAAAGAGUUCUUCUUUCAGUCGUUCGGUAUCAGCGUGUCAAACAAAUGGAACAAAACUACAAAAAGCACAGUCAUUCGAUAUGGGAAAUGUAAAUGUGCCACCCACUCCUGCUACUGUAGAAUGGGCUGUUCCUCAAUCAUCCAGAUUGAAAUACAGACAGCUCUUCAACAGUCAUGAUAAGACAAUGAGUGGACAUUUAACAGGUCCACAAGCAAGAACGAUUUUAAUGCAAUCCAGUUUACCACAGGCUCAAUUAGCAUCUAUCUGGAAUCUUUCUGAUAUAGAUCAAGAUGGAAAACUUACAGCAGAAGAAUUCAUUCUUGCAAUGCACUUAAUUGAUAUGGCCAUGUCUGGGCAACCAUUGCCUCCUGUCCUGACUCGAGAAUUGAUCCCACCUACAUUCAGAAGAGGCAGGUCAGGUAGUGGAAAAUCUCUGGGAGGCUCCUUGUCGAUUGAUCAAAGGGUACCUGAAGAACCACAAGAGGAGGAAUCUGAAAAGAAGUUGCCUGUUACAUUUGAGGACAAGAAACGUGAGAAUUUUGAGCGAGGGAACCUCGAACUUGAAAAACGACGUCAAAUUCUUCUGGAGCAGCAGCGAAAAGAACAAGAGCGAUUUGCCCAGUUGGAGCGAGCAGAGCAAGAACGUAAAGAGCGAGAGCGUCAAGAGCAAGAGAGGAAAAGACAGAUGGAGUUAGAAAAACAGCUGGAAAAACAAAGGGAGUUCGAACGGCAGAGGGAAGAAGAGAGAAGAAAAGAAAUAGAAAGACGUGAGGCAGCAAAACGUGAACUAGAAAGGCAGCGCCAACUAGAAUGGGAGCGGAAUCGUCGACAGGAACUCUUGAACCAACGAAACAAAGAACAAGAAGAAAUUGUUGCUUUAAAAGCAAGGAAAAAGACCUUAGAAUUUGAACUUGAAGCCCUUAAUGAUAAAAAGAAUCAGUUGGAAGGCAAGCUUCAAGACAUCCGGUUUCGUGUUUCUACUCAGAGACACGAAAUUGAGCAUACAAAUCAGACAAGGGAAUUGAGGAUUUCAGAAAUUACACAUCUCCAGCAACAAUUACAGGAGUUUCAACAGAUGCUCAGUCUACUGAUUCCGGAAAAACAGGCUCUAAAUGAUAAAUUGAAACAGGUCCAACAGAACAACAUACAUAGAGACAGUAUUCUUGCUGUCAAAAAAUCAUUGGAAAGCAAAGAGUUGACGAGACAACGCCUUCGUGACCAACUUGAUGAAGUUGAGAAAGAAACCAGAGCAAAGCUUCAGGAGAUAGAUAUCUUCAAUAAUCAGCUGAAGGAACUAAGGGAAAUGCAUAACAAGCAACAACUACAGCAACAGAAAGAAGCUGAAAUGGAAAUGCAAAAGCAGAAGGACCAAGAGCGGCGGACACAAGAACUGGAAAGACAGCAUGAGAAAGAAGCUGCUCAGAGAUCUGCACAGGAACGUGACAAACUUUGGCAGGAGCAAGUGCAAAAAGAUGAAGAAGAACGGCUAAGAAGCCUCCAGCAAGAGGAGAAUCGAAGGCGGGAGGAAUUGCUUCAAAAGCAAGAAACAGAAGAAAAAAGCAAGCAAGAUGUAUUUAACAAAAUGUUUCAACAGCACCUGGAGCCAUCAAAGAAACAGUCUCCGAGUGGAUGGCAGACACCAGAAAAGUCUACUUCUGUAAAUACUGAUCAAGAUGGUGUGAAAGUUGUAUAUUAUAAAGCGUUGUAUCCUUUUGAAGCUAGGAGCCACGAUGAACUUACCAUUCACCCUGGGAAUAUCAUAAUGGUGGAUGAAAGUCAGACUGGAGAACCUGGAUGGCUUGGAGGUGAAUUGAAAGGAAAAACUGGAUGGUUUCCUGCCAAUUAUGCGGAGAAGAUUCUGGAGAGUGAAUUGCCACCCACUUUACAACAAGGAACAAGACUUACUGCAAAGAUUGCUCCUCAUACUGUGGUUUCUGGUGUUGCACAACCGAUAACUGAGACUGCCACAUCCUCCAACUGGGCAGAUUUUAGCUCUACGUGGCCCACAACAGGCACCGACAAACCAGAGAAUGACAAUUGGGAUGCUUGGGCAAUGCAGCCCUCACUUACUGUCCCUAGUGCAGGUCAGCCACGUCAGCGGUCAGCCUUCACCCCUGCUACCGUGUCUGGAUCAUCUCCAUCACCCGUGUUGGGCCAGGGAGAGAAGGUCGAAGGGCUACAAGCUCAAGCUUUAUAUCCUUGGCGAGCAAAAAAGGACAAUCACCUCAACUUCAAUAAAAAUGACAUCAUCACUGUUCUGGAGCAACAAGAUAUGUGGUGGUUUGGAGAAGUUCAUGGACAAAAGGGCUGGUUCCCCAAAUCCUAUGUGAAGCUUAUUUCAGGACCUGUAAGGAAAUCUGUAAGUGUGGAUUCUACUUCAGAAAGCCCGCCCAGCCUGAAGAGAAUGAGCACCCCACCAUCAAAAUUCAUUGCUUCACAGGGAGAUGCACAGUGCAGGGAGGAGGCUCCUCCGCCUCGACCUCCCUCUCUCCCAAGGAAAGAUUCCAACUUGAGGGUGCCUUGUGCUUCAGAGACACUCUCUGCUGCUUCGAGUGGAGAAGAAUUUGUGGCUAUGUACACGUAUGAAAGUAAUGAGCCUGGAGACUUGACUUAUCAGCAAGGAGAUGUGAUUCUUGUGACAAAGAAAGACGGUGAUUGGUGGACAGGUGUUGUAGGGGAAAAGGUGGGCGUUUUCCCAUCUAACUACGUCAGACCAAAGGAUUCUGAGGGACCUGGACAAACGGGAAAAGGUGGAAGCCUUGGAAGAAAACCAGAAAUUGCACAGGUUAUAGCUCCUUACACAGCAACUGGAGCUGAACAACUUACACUAGCACCUGGUCAGCUAAUCCUCAUCCGCAAGAGGAAUGCUGGUGGAUGGUGGGAAGGAGAACUUCAGGCGCGAGGUAAGAAGCGGCAAAUUGGAUGGUUCCCUGCCAAUUAUGUGAAACUUCUGAGUCCUGGAACAAGUAAAAGUACUCCAACUGAAGCUGCAAAGCUCCCUGUAGCAACAAAUGUCUUGUUCCAAGUGAUUGGAAUGUACGACUAUAUUGCACAGAAUGAUGACGAACUUGCGUUUACCAAAGGACAGAUCAUUGGUGUUCUUAACAAGGACGAUCCUGAUUGGUGGAAAGGGGAGCUCAAUGGCGUCACAGGUCUCUUCCCAUCCAACUACGUGAAGCUAACAACAGACAUGGACCCAAGCCAGCAAUGGUGUGCUGACUUGCAUUUAUUGGAUAUGCUAACGCCAUCCGAGCGGAAGCGGCAGGGUUACAUCCAUGAGCUCAUCGUGACAGAGGAAAACUACGUGAGUGAUCUGCAGCUUGUCACUGAGGUCUUUCAGAAGCCAUUAUUUGAGUCUGAUCUGUUGACGGAGAAAGAGGUGACCAUGAUCUUCGUCAACUGGAAAGAGCUCAUCAUGUGCAAUAUCAAAUUGCUGAAGGCACUGCGAGUAAGGAAGAAGAUGUCAGGGGAGAGGAUGCCAGUAAAAAUGAUUGGGGACAUUUUAACUGCACAGUUGCCUCACAUGCAGCCCUACAUCCGAUUCUGCAGCUGCCAGCUUAACGGAGCAGCUCUCAUCCAGCAAAAGACCGACGAGAUUGUCGAAUUUAAGGAAUUUGUCAAAAGACUAGCGAUGGACCCACAAUGUAAAGGAAUGCCACUGUCAAGUUUUCUACUAAAGCCUAUGCAAAGAGUAACACGCUAUCCUUUAAUAAUAAAAAAUAUCCUGGAAAACACUCCAGAAAAUCAUCCUGAUUUCAGCCACUUGAAGCAGGCUCUUGAAAAGGCCGAAGAGUUGUGUUCGCAGGUGAAUGAGGGCGUACGGGAAAAGGAAAACUCGGACAGGCUAGAGUGGAUUCAAACACAUGUGCAAUGUGAAGGUUUAUCUGAGCAACUUGUUUUUAAUUCCGUCACAAACUGCUUGGGUCCUCGGAAAUUCCUGCACAGUGGUAAACUUUACAAAGCCAAGAGUAACAAGGAGCUUUAUGGAUUCUUGUUCAAUGACUUCCUGCUACUGACGCAGAUCAUUAAACCACUAGGUUCCUCAGGGACCGACAAAGUCUUCAGCCCCAAGUCUAACCUGCAGUACAAAAUGUACAAGACACCUAUCUUUCUGAAUGAAGUGUUGGUGAAGUUACCAACUGACCCUUCCGGUGAUGAGCCAAUUUUCCACAUCUCCCACAUCGACAGAGUGUACACGCUUCGUGCUGAAAGCAUCAAUGAAAGAACUGCUUGGGUACAAAAAAUUAAAGCUGCUUCAGAACUGUAUAUAGAGACGGAAAAGAAAAAGCGGGAAAAGGCUUACUUGGUUCGCUCCCAAAGGGCUACAGGCAUUGGCAGGCUGAUGGUAAACAUAGUUGAAGGUAUAGAACUGAAAGCAUGUAGAUCCAAUGGUAAAAGUAAUCCUUACUGUGAAGUGACCAUGGGUUCUCAGUGCCACAUCACCAAAACCAUUCAAGACACUCUGAAUCCCAAAUGGAAUUCUAAUUGUCAGUUCUUCAUCAAAGACCUGGAACAGGAUGUACUUUGCAUCACUGUAUUUGAGCGUGACCAGUUCUCACCAGAUGAUUUUCUGGGCCGCACAGAAAUUCGCGUGGCAGAUAUCAAAAAAGAUCAGGGCUCCAAAGGUCCUGUUACAAAGCGCCUCCUGCUUCAUGAAGUCCCUACUGGUGAGAUAGUGGUACGGCUGGAUUUGCAGCUCUUUGAUGAAACUUAAGGGUAAUAUAUGUAUUUCUGUACAUUGAAAAGCCACUAAUAAUGACUGAAUCAAAUACCUGCAGGAGCUAGGACCGCUGAAAACUUCCAAUGUGCAGAAUACACAGAGCAUACUUUGUUUACUGUUUUGUAUUCAUAGAGAAAUGUGAAAUUAGAGUUUGUAGAUACCACCUUCAUUUGUCAGUGCAAAGCUUUCACAUAUCUACAUUCCACUUCCAGUUUUUCAGACCAUAGUUGACACAGGGCUUGUCUUUCCAAACGCUGACCGGUGGGUCUGAAUGGAACUGAUUCCAUUGUGUGGUAAAAGUUUGCACAAUUUUUUUAGGGGAUAUCACAGAAACCACUUUUUGGUGGCUGCCUUUGAUGAGAGGAGUGAAACAUACCCUCUGGGUUCACUUCAUUAAAUAAAGUUCGUCACUUUCCUCUGUGCACUUGCUUAUAAUGUUUUAGGAGCAGCGAUUCGAAAAUAAGGUGCCAAGAUAGAAUGUCAUAAAUUAUUAUAAAUCACUUUAGAAGAACUGUUCAUAACAAAUAUCCAAGUGCGGAUUUGACUAAGAUGGAACAUAUAAAGAGGAGGUUCCUGAUUUGCUGAUUGUCUUGAGAAUAAUGUAAACUUGUUUAUUGUGUUAGAAUUUAAUAUACUUUUGUAAGUCUCUCUCUCUCCCCCUCAUCCACUCUCCCUCUCUAUCUCUUGCUCUGUCUCUCUCUCUCUCUUUAUCUCCAUCAUUCUCUCUCUGCCUCUUUAUCUCUUUGUGAGAGAGAGAGAGUCUCUUUAGAAAUUGAAGGCCUGAACUUCCACCUCUGACCUUUCUAAUGGACUGUUCAGAGGACAGGUUUCUCCUUAGACUAUGAAGCACCAAAGAGGGAUGAGACAAGGAGGGACAUUGAUGAUCUACCUGUAACCUUAGCUGAUUUAAUGUACGGUCCAAUUAUACACUGGAAACUUUUUUUUGCAAGUAAGAAUUACUGUAUUAGCUUGUUUGUUGCUGCUGAACAGUUUUCAUAUUAUGUAUAUGUUAAUGAACUGUGAAAUUUGGCAAAAAGCCCACUUCAAGCUGCCAUUGUUUUUAUUCACUGUUGUAUUUAAACUAUGAACAACCUGUCAUUUAAACAAAAGCCUUGAAAUGGAUUGACUCUUCAAAGUCUGCAGAAUCAGGUCUUAAGAUCAUCCUUAAAACAUUUCACAAAGUUGCCUGAAAUCAGUAUGUUUGAUUUCACCAUACAAAUUAUAAUCUAAGCACGUCACUUACUUGAGCUCUUAAGUAAUGAAAUAUGACACUAAUUCUUAGAUUAGAGAAUAUGAUACUAAUUCUUAGAUUAUGUGUUCAGUGAACGAUAUGUUAGAAUUAAAAGCUCUGUUGGAACAUGAUAUUUUUCAUGCAAGCAUUAAAACAGAAGAAUACACACAAACUACAUUUUAGGAUUCAUUUAAAAUCGAAAAUUUAGGCUGAUUAGUUUUCAUGUCACUAUAUGUAUAUAGGGAAGUCUUCACUUAAUAAUCCAGAUUACUGUUUCUUUUUACAUUUACAUUUUUAUCAGAUUUUAUAUGUUAAGUGUAUUACUGGCUGAAACCCCCUUUUUAAAAAUAAAACAGAAUACACAACCCAGGAGGCGUCCAUUCUGUGUUGCUUUAAAACAGGUGCUGAAAUUAAUUCUUGCUGUAUUUUUAGGGUUAGGGCAACAAUGUUUUUAGAUGCAAGGUCAAACUUUUUAAAAAUAAGAUUAGCAACAGUCCCAAUAUUAGCAAGGACUACUAACCAUUUGCUGGUAAAUUUGCGUUUGGAAAGUCAAAUUUGUUCUGGGGAACUAGGUAUAUGUUUUUGGAACUACUCGUUACAAUCCAGUGGCUUCAAAAUUCUUUACUGUUGCUUAAUUAGCUUUAUUUGUGAACUUGUACCGGUGCUGGAUUCUGGUAUUACUUUUCCCAUUGCUUCUGUGUGUACGAGAGAUUACAAUUCACAGUGUAAAAUAUGACAAUCGUGUGGCUCUCUGAAUUUAGAAACUAAAGCAUUUUAGUUGGAGGAAAUGAACCAGAUCCUUUCUAAAUUAUUAAUGUUAUGAAUAACUAGCAAGCUAAGUCUGAGCUGAUAAUUUACUAGAUAACGAUAAAAACUAUCUUAACAUUAAAGGAUUUAUAAUGUGUUGAUUCUGGCAAUGAAAGGGUUAUCCAAUGGGUAGCGAUUGAAGGCUUGUUGGAAUUCAGAAGAAUGAGGAGGGAUCUCAUUGAAACCUAUCGAAUGUUGAAAGGCCUAAAUAGAGUGGAUGUAAAGAGGAUGUUUUCUUCGGUGGGUGUGCGCAGCCUCAGAAUAGAGGGACAUCCAUUUAAAACAAAGAUGAGAUGGAAUUUCUUUAGCCAGAGGGUGGUGAAUUGUGGAAUUCAUCUGAGGCAGCCAGGUCACUGGAGGUGUUCAUGGAGGAGGUAGAUAGAUUCUUCAUUAGUCAGGGCAUGAAAGGUUAUUAGGAGAAGGCGGGAGAAUGGGGUUGAGAAAAAAGUGGAUCAGCCGUACCGAAUUGGCGGAGCAGACUCAAUGGCUGAAUGGUCUAAUUAUACUUCUGUGUUUUAUGGACUUUUCACAAAUUUACAAAAAAAAAGAUGCUUGCACUGUAGUGCCCUUAUGGUAAUAAGGUAUUAGUUUCCACUGGUUUACUGUUGUGGGAUUUGGAUGUUGUUCCUGUCGGCUACUAGAUCAUUUACUCCAUUAGUAAUGAUGGAUUGUGCAAAAGAAUUCACUCGCCUCCUAAUGUUUUACACACAGUCAGUUCUAAAAUCAUUGUUUCAAGAUUGAUAAAUGGGAAAAAUUAUGCCUAAUACCCAAUCGGUCUGAAUUAUUUCUUUAACUACUGUAAAAUGCUGAAUGGUAAAUGUGCAAACUUCUCGCAUGGUCGAUGUUGGGAUUAAUUUGAACAAGUCCCUUUUGACUUAGUCCUAUUUUACAGAUUCCAUGGUCUUGUUGAACCUCAUUGAAAACAUUAACAGUGGAUUUGGUGUCAUACAAAAUUGCAAGAAACAUAGAUAUAGAAACCUUUCCCCAUAUAAGACUAGAUAACAUAGGUUUAAGGUGAGGGUAAGGUACAGAGGGGAUCUAGGGAAGAGUUCUUUUCAUGCAGAAAUCUGGAAUGCAGAGGAAGCAAGUUCAAUAAUCAUCUGGUUAAGCAUAAACACAAGAGCUUCAGCAGAUGCUGGAAUCCUCCAAAAGCAGGAUUUCCCAGUUGUUUACCAUUUUAAUUCCAACCCUACUUCCCAUUCUGACAUGUCAAUCCGUAGCCUCCUUUACUAACAUAAUGAGGCCACUCUCAGGUUGGAGGAGUAACACCUCAUAUUCCGUCUGGAUAGCCUCCAACCUGGUGGCAUGAACAUCGAUUUCUCAAACUUCUGGUAUUUUACCACUCCCCCUUCCCUCUUCUUCAAUUCCCCGCUCUUCCCCCCCACCCCACCUCUUCUCUUCUCCUCACCUGCCACUCACUUCCUGAUGCUCCUGUUCCUUCCCUUUCUCCCAUGGUCCAUUCUCCUCUCUUAUAAAAUUCCUCCUCCUUCUUCUUCAGCCCUUUACCUUUUCCACCUAUUACCUCCCAGAUUCUUACUUUACCCCACUCCCCCACCCACCUGGCUUCACCCAUCACCUGCUACCUUGUACUCCUUCCCUUCCCUCACCUUAUUCUGGCUUCUUCCUCCUUCCUUUCCAGUUCUGAUGAAGGCUCCUGACCCGAAACAUCAACCAUAAAUGAUUUCCGUAAAUGGUGCCUGACCUGCUGAGUUCCUCCAGCAUUUUGCUUGUGUUGCUCUGGAUAAAUAUUUAGAUCACCUUGGCAUAGUAAAUCUGAACCUAGUGCUGGUAAAUGGAAGAAGUGUGGAUGAGAGACAGCAUGGCUUUGAUGGGUUGAAGGGCAGGUCAGUGUUGUGCAACUCUAAUCUUCUGAAAGGCUUAGUGAAAAUUGAUUUUUUUUUCUUUUUUCAAGCCAACCCCAAAUGAAGGGUUUUAAGACUCUAGGUCCUUUAAUUAAGAUAUCUAGGUUUUGUUGUGUUCUAUAAACUUAAAUCAUCUACAGGUUUAUUCAGUUAAAGAAGUUGGUAGUUAUACAUCAAUAGCUUUACAUGCAAGUGUAGCUUAUAGAUUUGCAAAGGGGAAAGCAUGCUUUCCUGCAGAUUAGUUCUGGGAAAACUAAUAUAAUACUUGGCAACUUGGUGAUAGCCCUACACUGUGCAACCAAUUCUAAACCUCAAGAGUUCAAAAACACAAGAGAUUCUGCAGAUGCUGGAAAUCCAGAGUAACACACACAAAAUACUGGAGGAAUUCAGCAGGCCAGGCAGCAUCUGGAAAGGAAUAAAGAGUCAACUUUUCAGGCCGAGACCCUUUAUCAGAACGUGAGGACAGUCCUGAUGAAGGGUCUCAGCCCAAAACAUUCACGUUUUAUUCCUGUCCUAUUGCUGCCUGACCUGCUGAAUUCCUCCAGCAAAUUGUGUGUGUUACUCAAGAGUUCAAACUUUUUGCAGUGUGGCUUGGCAUGGCUAUGUGGUUGUUCUGUGCUGCCCUAUUUAUUGCGACAAUUGUGUUCAGUUACUCUUAACUAACAGAAGCUGUUACCAAUGUCGCUAUGUGAAGAAUGUGAAGACUGUCUUGCUGGUCAUGUCAUUCAGCUCAUUAUGCACUUUUGUUGUCAAGGUUAAUAGUAUAACAUGGUUGGGUUUGACUAAUGAUGUCUGUAUCAAAAUAGAUUAGUUGGAAAUGUAACUGUAGUAUAAUUUAUAUGAAAAGCUUAAAAUGUUCACAUCUUAUUGAGGAACAAAUUAUGCAGAAAGACUCUGAGAGUUUUUAAACUGGAAUCUGCACUUUGAGAAUGCAAUUCAAAACAUUCAAACCAGCAUAAAUUCUGUUGUAUAAUUUUUAUUUCUAUGCUACUUCUUGUUAUAACCUGCCUAUUGUAACAAUUUUUUUAUAAAAAAUCCUUUUAUACUAAUGAAUGUCAUACAGUCUUUAUUGGGAAAUUGCAUGUUUUAAAGCCACUGUAUAUUGCACACUUGUGAGGACAAGACGAAACACUCUAGGAAAUUGAAAUGUUUGGUUGUCUUGAUCUUCAUGGUUUGUCUUGUUCUUUAUCAUUUAACUAGUUGUAGGUCCAAGAAUUUCUUUGCCUAUUUUUGUAAAAUAUAAAUUCCAUGUCCAUUCCUAUGAUACACAAGAGAUUCUGCAGAUGCAGAAAAUCCAGGUCAACACACACAAAAUGCUGGAGCAACUCAGCAGGUCAGGCAACAUCUAUGGAAAUAAAUAGUUGAUGUGCCCUGAAGAAAAGUCUCAACCCAAAAUGUCGACCGCUCAUUUCCAUAGAUGCAGCCUGACUUGCUGAGUUCUUGCAGCAUUUUGUGUGUGUCACUGUCUAUUCCAAAUGUUAGGUGAUUAAAAACAAACAAUAUUUGUAAUCUUUAUUUGAUUGGAACACUAUUCACCAUUUUUUCCCACAAAGCAUUGUGGAUUAAAACAUGCAAUCCCUUUCAUUGUGCAUUUCAAAUUAUUGUAGCAACUUUAAUUACAGGGUUACAGCCACUUUGAAUCAUCCUCUACAAUGAUAAGUUAUUUCAAAGUUGUGCAUCAAUGGGUAGAUUUUUAAAUGUGUACAGUUUAAGUCAACGUCCUACAGAGGAUAUUUAUUCUCUAUGUUCCCUUGGAAUGCCUGACCAUAUAACGCAUGGUGUUCCAAGAGGAAGCAAGGAGCUUAUUCCCAGGUGUCUGUUGUUUUCCUGGUCUCAACCAUCGUAGAUGAAAGAAACUGAUACUUCAGGGAGGGUUCAGACUCUAAUAUUUCUCUCCUCAUUGAAUGGCACCCAAUCUGAGUGGGGUGACUUGAGACAGAGCAGUUAAAGUGAAUGUUGAAGAAGAGGGAUGGAGAGAGGGUUUGCUCAGACUCACAUUCACUCACCACUGGUGCUCCAGUUAGAGUUUGCAGUUGAUACUCUAUGUACCAAAAUGUAAUUUUGACGGGUAGGGAUUCUCUUAAAUUACUAGAAAUAUUGCUGCUGUAAGCUUUGUUAAAACAAUCUGUGUGCGGAGAUCUUAAAAUGUAACUUGUAGCAACUAACAUGAAUACCUAAUCUAUGGAGGUUAAGCCAAACCCCUUUGCUCUACUUAUGUGUGCGAUAUGAUCAUAAGUUGGAGAAUCAAGACUUUGUGAGACUCCAGAGUUAUUGUUGUUUGUGUGUGGAUCUUCAAGGCCAAACUAUCCGAUAUACAGCCAAAUGUUAUUUUUUUCCAUUGUAAAUCACUGUCAUGGUGCACAAUUAUACUACUACAAUUGAAUACUGCUGUGUGUUCAUAUUCACACUGUUACUUUGGACAGUUUUCAUAUUGUUCUGUCAACAGAAUUAUAUUUUCUCAGCUUAUGUAUUUGUGUAUUUUCACAAAGGAGAAUUAAACUCUGCAAGUUAGCGCUUCACUGAAAAAGAUGAUUCUUGUGGAGAAUAAAGUGAAGUAUACAUGGGGAAACUUCAAGUGAACUAUGUUACAGCAGAAUCCUGUUAACUACUGGUGCUGAACAGCACAAACUCAAGCAGAAUGGAAAAAGGCAGUUUCCAAACUACUUGAAUGCUUUGAGGACCAGCCAAGUACUGGCAAAAGAAAGCUGUAAAUCUUAUAAACAAUCAGAAUGGCAUAUUGUAUUGUCUUAAUGUAACUCAUUUACCUUAAAAUAAAGUUCUUGACUUGUGUAUUA